AUAUUCAAAGGGGGAGAAGCCCCCUAUAAAACAACCCACAGUGGGCAGCCCAGCCAGCAGUGCUGUGGGUCAGUGGCGGAGCGGUAACUAAGCUCAUUGCCACCAUGAACUUCACCGGCAAGUACCAACAGCAGAGCCAGGAAAACUUUGAGGCCUUCAUGAAGGCAGCCGGUGUGCCAGCUGAUGUCAUCCAGAAGACAAAGGAUGUCAAGAUGAUGUUGGAAAUUGUGCAGAAUGGGAAACAUUUCAAGCUCAUCAUGUCCGCCGGCCCCAAAGUGACCCAGAACGAGUUCACCUUGGGGGAGGAGUGUGAGCUGGACACUGUGAUGGGCAAGGUCAAGACGGUGGUGAAGCUGGAGGGUGAGAAUAAACUGGUGACAAGUUUCAAAAACAUAAAAUCUGUGACUGAACUCAGCGGGGAUACCAUCAUCAAUAGCAUGACAUUGGGUGACAUUGUCUUCAAGAGAAUCAGCAAGCGAGUUUAGCAAGCUGCGUUUCAUAUUCUUUUACUGUGUAAAAAAUACUGUAAUAAAGUGAACUUUGUUUA